AUGGAGAAAUGUCUGAAGAAUGAAUACUCCUUUGUCUCAGCUCAAGAAGCAAAGUCCGCACAACAACGUGUGAUCAUAAUUGAAGUGGACAGGAAAGCUGAAAGCACCGUUGAUACAACAAGCGUAAUAGAUGAAAAGUGGUCUGAUUGUCUGAAGAAAGGGAAAAAUCGAUUGGCGGUUCGUAUAUGGAAAGGUGGUUCCAAUUGGUGGAAUUUGAAUCGGAAUCAAGACCCGGUGGAAAUUGCACGCCAGGAGAUUCGCGGCUAUCAAAUAGCUCGUCAAGCAUUCCAAGAGCAUCAAUCGUCCAAUAUUACCAUUCCUCGAGUACUACAUUAUCAACUGAACGACCAAAACACAUCCUCGUCGUCAGGUCGUCAUUGCUGGGCGGUAUUGGAGUACGUUGGCCUUCAUUCUACUUCGUUUGACGAGAAUCACCGACUACCAGUUUCUUCGUACUUGGACGGGAUGGUCAAGGUCCGCCAUGAAUUUGGCUUUGACGAACCACAUCCUCGAUGGGGAAGGGUUCCAGUAGAAGAAUGUCUGGAUUAUGCGACUAUGAUUCUGAAAGAAGUUGUCCUUCCCCUGCAACGGUUCUAUACAAAACGAAUAGUAACAACCCACGAUGUCGAUGAUAAUGAUACAAAGCCCCAGAACUAUGCCACAAUGGUGCAGAAAUAUCAUAAUACAUUUCAGGAACUGUGGUCUUCCAGUCAGAAUGAUGCUGCAAUGCAAACAGAUGAGCGAAUGAUGAGAGCAUUGGAGACGGUCAAGGAAGCAGUGACACGAAUUCUGCCCCAACACCUGUCCAACAUUCCGCCCAUGUCUCCAGUGUUGGUACACUUGGACCUGCAACCGCAAAAUUUGUUGUUUUACAAGACUGCGACGACACAAAACAACAACAACAACAACAACAAGGAGGAAGAAGAAUCCAACAGUACUCUUCACGUGUCCUCCAUUCUGGACUGGGAAGAUGCCUCGUUCGCAGACCCACGCUUGGAACUGCUGUUGAUGUGUCGCAAAGUCUGCGCCAAUCGAUCGCAAGCCAAAGCCUUGUGGUCACUCUUUCGAACAGAAUCUUUAUCAUCAUUAUCAUCAUUGGUAGUAGAUCCUGGCCCGAUGGAACCAUGGUUGCAAUUGGAAUGCAUCCAUAGCAUCCUCACGCUGUUAUUGCAGUCCAUGGAUCUAUUGAAUGGAGGACGCAAUCCUUGGGAAUCCAAGAGGGAUUUAAGGGGAAAGUUACAAAGGGAGCUUUAUAGAUGGAAUGCGUUGAACCUAAAUGUCUGA